CCGAGGGUCCCCUCCUCCUGGGCAGUUCAAACUCAGAAGAUUUAAGUUGCUAAUCUGGUUUUUGUUAUUUUCUUUGAAAAAAUUGUAUUGAUUUGUCAUUUGCCUAGAGUAUCCGUCGAGCAUUCGCUACCGUUGGAUUCCGGUGUGAGCACGUUCUCUCAUGGGCAGACACAUCUCCACCAAAUGCUCUAGCUGUGCUCGCUGGUUCUGAGAAAUUUACUCGAAAUUCCUUUUAGAAGCUCGCAAAUUGAACUAGUAUCGGGCCCUGAUGCACCGCUUAGAAUUUCGGUGUUUCCAUGUCGACAAUGUUCAUCAUCAUCUUCUAAAGAAAGUUCCCAUCCCCCUUAUUCAUCAUCACUGAUUUCUCCCCUCGGACACAUUCGUUCUUCUUCUCUUCCCCGCAAUUUCUCGGGCGGGGACGGGGUGCAUAAAGAGAAGGACAUCUGCCUACUCGCACGGGACUAGGACCAAUUAAUUUCCUCUUUUGCUGGAUCCUCUACUUCCGCGCGCAAGAUCGGCCUGAGGUGCGGCGGCAAAUCUUGUCGAAAAAUCGAGGGUUCAACUGAAGCCGAUAUGCCCAACGUCAAGUCCGCCGCUGGUCCCGGUGCCAUCCCUGCCGGACCCUCCGGCGGCGACGGUGAAGUGGAGGCAGGGUUCGCCAAGCUGCAGGGUGAGGAUUUCGAGUACUACAUGCAGACCUACUCCAUCAUGCUGGGCCGCAACAGCAAGAAAUCCACGGUGGAUGUGGAUCUCUCCAGCCUUGGUGGAGGGAUGAACAUCUCGCGCCAUCACGCGCGGAUAUUCUAUGACUUCCAGCGCCGCCGCUUCGCGCUCGACGUCAUCGGCAAGAACGGCUGCCUUGUUGAAGGUGUCCUGCACCUCCCCGGAAAUCCUCCUGUUAAGCUUGACUCGCAGGACCUCCUUCAGAUUGGAGACAAGAAGUUUUAUUUCCUAUUGCCCACGAGGUCCAUCUUUGCCUCGUUCGCUGCUCGGCAAGCCCCUGUUAUUCCUCCGCAGAUCCCGCCGCCAGUGUAUGCGCGGCCAGGGCACCCUCGUGUGUCCGAGUUCCAUGACCGCUUCUCUGAAGGUGAUUAUGGCCGGGACAGUGAUGACAUUGGGAAUGGUGUUGGUGAAGUUGGAAUGAAGGGCAAGCUGAAGAGAACCAAGAAGUCUCCUGGAGAUUUGGACAUCUAUGGUGGACAUAGAAUCAAUGUUGAAGCAAUAGGAACAUUGGGUGAAGACAAUAGAUCAGAAAUAAGAUCAAGGGGUGACAAGGAUGUGGACAACCAUCACAUUCUUCAAAUGGAAGAGAAAGAAGUCGUGUCAUCUGUUGCGACUGUGUUAUCUGACCUCUGUGGCCCCGGCGAAUGGAUGCCUAUGAAAACACUCCAUACAGAGCUUAUGGACCAGUUUGGCAACGUGUGGCACCACACCAGGGUGCGGAAGUACCUGACGGCUGACGACUGGUCGCCCAUUGAAGCCAAGGGGAGGCCAUGGUACGGGCUGCUGGGGCUGCUUAGGAAGUACCCGGAGCACUUCGUCAUCAACACGAAGUCCAAGGGCAGGGCGAUCUCGGAGUUCGUCUCGCUGGUUUCCUUGCUCUCCUAGAGAAGAUCACGGACCAGCGAGGCGAGGCUGUCUCUAAAGCCUUGCUUGUGUUUUGUUCCGCAUCCUGCUGCCGUCAGUCGGUCGGUUUGUUCGUGUCUGGAAGGUCGAGUGGUGUCCUGAAUUUUCUCUCUGCAGUUUGCAUCAGUUAAAUGAACCUUGCUGUACUGUACUGUACUGUACAACCUGGCUGGUUUUCCCCGUGUUUUUACCUCUAGCUCUGUAGUGUCGAGAAUGUUAUGUGGUAACAGGACUGGACUUCUAAGGACUUCUAAGUAUUUUUGCAGUUCGCAUCUUUCAGAUUUAA